UGUACUGUAUAGUGUAUCACACUAAUAAUCACAGUAUCAUUUGUGCCUUCGAAGCUUUCGCCCCCGCAUGUGUUUCUUAUUAUCCUUUAUAGAAGUACACAAACUUGUUUUCGGUAGUCAACUUUGAAAUGGCGACAGAAAGUUUUGUUUCCGUUUUGAAACAUUCGUGCCAUAUUUUUCUGUACGCAUGUAUCCUUGUUUACCUUCAGUAUACAGCCAAGCUGACUCGCUCAAAUUCUCAAGGAACUGCGCCAGAUCCAGUAAUCGCUUACGGACUGCCCAUAACGAUCGCGCUAUAUAGCCUCCGAAUGAUCGCUUUCCUUGCGCUUCCUCAAGUUGUGUUCAACUGCUUUGGAUUGUUUUUUAUGCCUGCUUUUUCCGAUCAUGUCGUGCAGAAAUAUUCGACGAUGACCGCUCCAAGAAUGCGAAUACGUGCUGUCACUCGUGGAACUUUUCCGGAGCUCGUGUUUCGGAUUGUCGAAAGGAACUUGGCUCUCGUUGAGCAGAUGGGUGUCACUAACUAUCUGUACGAAGUUGUUACGGAUAAUCCUGUCAGUCUUCCGGCUCAUGACCAGCUAAAGCAGAUUGUUGUGCCUCCGGAGUACCGAUCACGAACUGGAGCAUUGUUUAAGUCGCGAGCGCUGCAGUAUUGUUUGGAACCUGGAGUGUACGAUUGCGAUGAGCAAACCUGGAUUGUUCAUCUAGAUGAGGAGACGCUUUUAACGGAAAACUCUGUUAAAGGCAUCAUUAACUUUAUCUGCGACGGCCGACAUCAUUUUGGCCAGGGGUUAGUUACGUACGCGAACGACGUGGUCGUAAAUUGGAUCACUACGACCGCUGACAGUUUCCGCGUUGCGGAUGAUAUGGGAAAACUACGGACGCAACUGAAAAUUUUCCAUCGCCCGCUUUUUAGCUGGAAAGGUUCCUACGUUGUGACAAACGCUGCAGCUGAACAGCGCGUAUCGUACGAUAACGGCCCAGACGGGAGUAUAGCCGAAGAUUGCUAUUUUGCCAUGAAAGCCUUUGAGCAAGGCUAUACAUUUAACUGGAUCGAAGGUGAAAUGUGGGAGAAGAGUCCGUUCACGUUGGGUGAUCUUUUGAAGCAGCGCAAGCGAUGGAUUCAAGGGAUUUUCCUUGUUGUGCACAAUCGUGAAAUCAAAUUCCGCUAUAAAGUCUUCCUCGCGAUGUCUCUAUAUGCCUGGUUAUCGCUUCCGCUAUCCUGCAUAACUGUUUUGAUGAAUUUCGUAUAUCCUGCUGAAUUCCCACCUUGGCUGGAAAUUACAACAACGUGGAUUAUGAGCGUUAAUGUCUAUAUGUUUAUAUUUGGAGCUCUCAAGUCAUUUCCUCUUCGAAGAAUGGGAUUAUUGAAAAGUAUUCUCUGCCUGAUUGGAGCAGUCUGCUGCAUACCGAUGAAUAUCGUGAUUGAAAAUAUUGCAGUAAUAUGGGCUGUAGUUUCUGAGAAGCACCAGUUUUACAUCGUUGACAAAGAUUAUCUGGGCAAAACGUUACCACAGUCCGGCAUAACGAUUAUUGUGUAAUGAGUAAUCCUUUGGAAGGAAGUUUCGCGUUAUUGUAUUUGAUUUGCUUCGUAAAUGUAUGCGUUUUCUUUUAACCAUGUUGCAGCUGUGAUAUUUUUAUACAUUUCAAUAUGGCUCAGUCGUGUCACCAUAUCAUGACAUUAUUUAAUCACCGGUGUACGCAGUACGCACUAAGUUGAAAGCGUUAAAGAACCUUCAGCAAGACCAAUGAAGUAAAAUACAGUUUU